AUAUAAAUGAAUAUAAAACCGAUUAAAUUACUACCUGAAUUAUUACUAAACAUUUGUCAACUUAUAGGACUUUGUUUUUUGAAUAGUCAAAAAAAUAACAUAAAGAUGGAUUAUACUUUAAAAUUAGAUUCCAGCUCUACAUUAAAAUGGGCUUUCGAUUCUGAAAUUAUUUGGUUCGAAUUGAUUUUGAAAGGUUCUAAUAUGAUGAUGAAAAAUUAUUCUCUCAAUUUUAGGGCAAAUGAUUUAAUCGAAGAUGGUGAUCAAAUUUAUAUCUCAAUCGCCAAAGAUGGAACUGUCUAUUUAGAGGAUCGGCAUAUAGUGAAUCGGAUGACAAUAAAAGACCCCAGCCAGGAUUACAGGUAUUACAGCAAAUUAUCCCUUGAUAAAAUAUCUAUCCAUUUCUCUCGCAAUAUAUAUACCUGUGAUGCUAACGAUAUCAUCUUUACGAAUGAUACUCUAUAUUUGGUUUGGAAACAAGAAGUUAAUAUGCCCAUAUUUUCUUUGCAUAAUCACGUAUUGCCCGUGUAUCUAUUCCAUCAUACCCCCAAUUCCGUAAAAUCACAAGAAACACAGGAAGAAAACACGAUUGAAAAAGUUCAAUUCACCCUUGACCUUUCAGAUAUCUUUAAAAGCAACAAUUAUUCCUCUGGUUCCAACUAUUUGUGCCAACUUUUCAGGUUACCCUCUUUAACAAGCCGACACCAUAUUAUCAAGCAUAAAUUAUUAGGAAAUUUAUUCGCGAAUCACAAAAUAGGAUCUGAUGAGGAAAUCAUUCAAAAUUCUUUGAAACACGUGGGGCUUCACGGGUGCCAACCUGAUUUACAAGGUCAUUUUUAUACAGAUACCUCAUAUUUGUGUUACCAAAGUACAUUUCCACCGAAUCUAUUCUCAUGCAACGAGAUGAUUUCCGGUUGGGUUAAAGGUGGUGAAAAGGACUUUUAUUGGCCACCUGAAGCUGGAUAUUCUAUAGGGGCGCCUGGUGAUAGCAAAUACGUUUUGUUGGAGGUUUUAUUCGAUGACACCAUCAUUAAAAAUAAGCAUAUAGUAUCAAGUGCUCUAAAAAGAUUUGUCUCAUUCCAAAUAACAUAUACUCCUAAAUUGAGAGAGAAUAAUGCUGGAGUAUUAGCUACAGGACUAGAACCAUCUCAACUCUAUUUUAUUCCAACUUUAGGAAUAACUCUCUACGGCCAUUGUGACAGCCAUUGCACAUCUCAAAAUAUCCCUUUAACAGGAAUAAAUAUAUAUGGCAUCCAAUACUAUACGCAUGGGAAUGUUGAUAACAUUUCAACUAUGAGACGUAGUAUUGGCUCUAACACAGCAAAUAUCAUAAUGGCCGAUCAUAAUUAUAGGGUAGAUUAUCAAAGUUUCCGAUAUCUUAAAAAGGGCAUCAUACUUAACAAAGGCGACCAGAUAACACUGACGUGCAAUUACGGCUCUUCUAUAUCUUUACAUGGUUUUUAUCAAAUGGGGCUUUUCUGGGAACAGAUGUCUUGCAUGCAAUUUUUAACCGAACCAAUAAUGUCAGAUAUCAGGGAAUUCGGAACUAAAAAUGAUUCAAAGAAUUUAUUCGAUAUAAAUAAUAAAUUAUUUGAAAAUACCCGGGCGAAGCUAAUUGAAUUCUACAAACAAGGGAACUUAGUCACACUGUGUAGGAAUAUUAAUAGAAAUCCAAUUCAAAACACUGAAAGAUUUGUUAACUACCCAAAUAUAGAAUAUAUAAUGUCCGAUUAUCCAAGAAAUGAAGGAUCGUGUUUCGAAAAAAAUAAUACGGGAAAAGCCCGUGACAGAAUUUCUAAAUCCUUACAAGAGCCUAAUCAAUAUGGACUAAUUUCAAAACGAUAUUCAAAUCAAACUAAUGAUUCACUUGCUAUAAAUGAUUUGAAGAUAUUUUCAAAUUUGGGAGAGUUUAAAUACGAAAAGGAUUAUAAAGAUAUUAAGAAUAAGGUGGAAAGAAAGGGGGAAAUUAAUAGUAAUAAAACUUCGAUUAGCCUUAUAAAUUUAACAUUAAAAUUUAUAGUAUUGUUGUGUUUUCAUUUAAACUAUUUCUAGUCAAUCCAUGUUACGUCAAAGCAAUAAUUAAAUAUUUAUAUUAUAUUAACAAUUAACUUUUUAUUAAAAAAGCUUAUAUAUAUUUAUUUUAUUUAUGUUACAUAUUUUAUCUAUAUUUAUCAAAAUUGAUUAUAUUACACUAUAUAUCGUU